AUGUUACAUUUACAACCUAGUAAUUUACUGAUUCAAAAAACGUUUACAGAGGCCCUUGAGGCCAAUAGUACUGGUUCACCAUUAACCUUUGAUCGUAUCAUCUCUGAUUUUGAUUAUACAAACUUCCAUGUCUCAAAUGAUCCAGAGAAUAAAGGUUUAUUAUUUUUAAGUGUUAAAACCAAAGCUUGGCAAUCCAUUUUGACAUGUGACAAUGGUUCACAAGGUGUCUUACCAUACUUGGCCGCUAAAUAUACAAAGUUACCAGGUAUUACAGUGGCUGGUGGUGCUGAAGCUGGAUAUGAUUAUACUUUGGCCAUCGAUCUUUCUCAAUUGACUUAUGAAACUAUUGUUCAAUUGUCCUUAUUAAAGACAAGCAUCAUGAGUUAUCCAUUUUUCUUAGCGUUCCAAGAAUUUGCAACUUUAAGUGCGAACAAUCCAACUACAACUACAGUGACUGUUGGUAGAUUCAAUGAAGAAACUGGUAACGUAUCUUCAAUUGAUGUCUCUAGUACAUUGUAUACCAUUCAAUAUCGUGAUAAUGAAAAUAUGUUUAUUAAACCUUCAAAUGAUCGUAUCACUGUAAUCUUUGAAACAUUCUUUCAAGAUGAAACUGAUAAAGUAUUCGGUAAAGUUUUCCUUCAAGAAUUUGUUGAUGCUCGUAAGAGAAAUCGUGAUAUCCAAAGUGCACCUCAAGUGAUAUUCUCCACAGAACCACCAUUAGAAUUACAAAAUCAUUUACCAAAAGGUAAUGAAGUAGGAGAUGAAGCAUCAAAACGUUUUAUUACAUUUGUUUUAUUCCCACGUCAUUUUGCUAAUGAAGAAUUACAAUUCAAGACAGUAUCACAAUUAACAUUAUUCAGAAAUUAUUUCCAUUAUCAUAUUAAAUGUUCUAAAGCUUAUAUGCAUUCAAGAAUGAGAUACCGUGUAGAUACAUUUGUUAAAGUUUUGAAUAGAGCCAAGGUUGACGAAGAUGAGGACGAAAGUGGUGGGAAUAGUAAUGAAACAAAGAGAACUAUUACAGGUAGAAAGAUGGUUUAUUAA